AUGUCAGAACAAUCACGACAUUUACCUCAGUCGAGGGACUACGACGGAGAAUGCGAGAGACUUGAAUUCCCAACGCCGGCUGUGGCAUCGAACGGAGGCCGGACCGCCGAAUUGAAAGUUUCGGCGGAGCUUCCAAAGCCGACCCCGUCCUCUCCGACUUUCCAAAGGGCCACGGCUUGGGUCUCCGAUAACCCCGUUCCGGCGGUGUGCUACUGCCUCGGUACUGCAGGGCUCUUCGCUGUGGCGUCCCCGGUCUUGGCUUUCACGCCUACAAUGGGUGCAGUGGGUGUUACAAUGCACGGUGCUGUUGUCAGUUCCGCAGCAGGCGUUCUUUACACUUUGAGUGGUGUAGCCCAGGCGGUCGGCGCUGGAGCACCUAUUUACAGGCUUUGGGGGAGGCAUUGCUUGGAAGCGAUUUUUCGGGGAAAAGAAACCAAAGAAAAAGUUGCAGGACGAGAACGAAAAUCCCGUGGCUGA